UCCCUGGCCUAGGAGCUGGGUCUUCAGCCUUUCAACUUCGGUAAAACUUUGAAAUCUAUGCAUCAUGGCUUCUGGGUCGCAAUCCCUCACUGCAAUCGCGACGCAACUCCUCGAGUCGGCAAAGGUCAUUGAUGCAUAUCUUGAGGAGCACAAACUCCCUCCUAUCUCCAUUAGCGCUGGUGCCAGUCCAGACUUCCCCGUGCCUCCGUCGGAGAAGAACGUCCAUGCAGCUCGGCAACUAAUCCUGGACCUCUCCGAGGCUCUGAGCGAGAACGUGCUGGGAGCCAGAGAUUUGCUCGUCGAGUGUUCAUGGGGAGGCCACCACACUAGCUCCGCUAUGCGCGCCAUCUCCUCUUUCGAGCUCUACGCCAACGUUCCGGAGUCUGGAAGUGCUACUUUCGAGCAGAUCGCUAGCAAAACUAACCCUCCUCUGGCUGUUGGAUUUGUCAAAACGAUUCUCCGAUAUGCCAUGACCCAAGGUGUAUUUUGCGAGCCCAGGCCGGGCCAUGUCGCUCAUACUGCUCCUUCUUUGUUGCUGCUAAAAGACCCGCUCGCGCGUGCCUUUGUUGCUAACAACGCGGAUGAAGUGUUUCCUGCAGCCGCAAAGACGGCGGAUGCGAUGCGGAAGUGGCCUGAUGCUGAGGCACCAAAUCACACAGGCUUACAGCUUGCCUACGGAACUGACAAGGGCAUGUUUGAGUGGUAUGCGAGUGACGAGGGCGAGGCGAAAGGAAGAAUGGCGAAGUUUGCGGGUUCGAUGCAGUUUUGGAGUGCUGGUGAGGGGUUUCUAGCUAAGCAUGUUGUGAAGGGGUUUGAUUGGGGUAGUCUUCCAGAGAACGGACUCGUAGUUGACGUCGGAGGUGGCUCUGGCCACAUCAGCAUUGCCAUCGCGGAAGCCAAUCCUUCCCUCCGACUCAUUGUCCAAGACUUGCCCGGGCAGUCCGAGCAAGCAUUGGCUGAAGCCAAAGUCAAUGAGUCAGGCCUCAUCUCCUCAGGUCGCCUGGACUUCAAGCCCGCCAACUUCUUCGCACCGCAGCCCGAUUGGCUUGAAGCUGAGUCUGUGGAUGCCUAUUUCCUACGAUACAUCUUCCACGACUGGAACGAUGAGCACUGCAUCAAGAUCCUUCGGACCCUGCUUACAAGCGGUAAAUUGAAAAAAGGAGGCCGCAUCGUACUUGCUGAGAGCGUGAUCCCACCUCCGGAGGCUGCACCCCAUCUGCCAAAGACGGUGUUGAAGUCGAUCAGGAGGCUCGAUAUGCAGAUGCUCACAGUACUGGGGAGUCAUGAGAGGACGUUGGAUGACUGGCAGGAGUUGUUCUUCAGAGCAGACCCAAGGUUGAAGAUUGAAGAGGUCAACCAGCCUGAAGGGAGUGUAUGUACAAUGUUGGCUGCACGCUUGCAGAGUUGAGACGAAAGCAUUUAUUGAAUUGAAGGAUGGCAUUUAGAGCUAGAGCUUCGAGGUGCAACUCGCACAAUAUUUAGCUGACAAGAUCAGCAUAAGAUGUAGCAACAUUACGACGUACCAGGGGUACAGACGGACUGUGGCCUGUAGUAGCACACGUACAAUGCCUCGUCAUAGAAAUCCGUACACUCGUUUACCGCUGCAUGAGGAGCUUCAUUGUAUUUACAGCAUUCCAAAUGAGAAAGAAACUCCGUGUUUUAG